CUCCAGCCACCAGACCUCAGCCCAGAAUGCGUUAUUGCGAUUUGCUGGAUAUUGCGAGAGACAGACGACAGUCGAAUAGCCGAGUCCGACCAAGUCGAUGCAAAUGUUUCGUCAACUAUCCCUUACGCACUUCUCCCGUUUACGUAAAAAAAGAAAACGGUUCUUACGAUAAAUAGCAAAUAUUUUCGUACGGUUUCAAUCGGAGAGUAAGAAAUCAUGUCUUGCAGUGACGAUUGUUUGUGUAACAAACGUGGUAUAGAUUACUAUGGCGUAUUAUUAUUGAAAAAGGACUGCACCGAUUUGGAGAUCAAAACAGCAUUUCGCAGAUUGGCAAUACGAUACAAUCCUAAAAGAACAAAGGAUGAAAGUUUUAAAACUAUUUUUGCUUUAAUAACUGAGGCAUACGAUGUGCUUUCGGAUCCUGUUAGAAGGACCAUAUACGAUCAAUAUGGUGAAAAAGGUCUUAAAAAUGGUGUGCCUGGCAUGCAUGGAUACAUUCAACCAUAUAUUUACCAUGGAGAACCGAUGAAAACAUACAGGGAAUUCUUUGGAACCGAAACUCCUUAUGCCGAUUUACUCCAUAUACUAUCGCAGCCUUCAUCUAUGCUGGAAUUUCCUGAGGGACAGGGAUUAAAACGCAAGGAGGAGCCAUUGAUAAAAACCUUGUACUUAACCUUAUCAGAGAUCUUUCAUGGUGGAAUUAAGAAAAUGAAAAUACAAAGAUUGGUUUUAGUAGAGGACGAUAAAUGUAGAACAGUAACGAAAGAAAAGAUCCUGACAAUACCUAUUAAACCAGGUAUUCCAGCAGGAACGAGAAUCAUUUUCCCGAACGAAGGCGACCAGGGACCUACAAAGAUUCCCGCGGAUGUAAUCUUCAUCACGGAGGACCGCCCACACGAGACCUUCCAAAGAGAGGGCUCUAACUUACACAUGGUGAUCGAUAUCUUUCUGCGAGAGGCACUGACCGGAACAGUAGUCACUGUCAACACCUUGGACGACAGAACUCUGCGAAUACCAAUAACGUCUGUCAUCACACCGGAUUACCGGAAGCACGUACUUUCUGAAGGGCUACCGCUACCAGAAACUCCAAAAAAAAGAGGAAGUCUCAUCAUAAUGUUUAACAUCGAGUUUCCGGUGUACUUACCUGUAUCGAAUAAAAACCAAAUUAAACAAGCAUUUGAUCUCUCGCAUGAUACAAGUGAUGCGGAAUACGUUCAUCGUUUCAUACUGGCAAAUAAAAUGCGUAAAAACGUAGAUUUUGAUGUUACGGUACGUCGGAACCCCAACGACCACGAAGCAAAGCAAUUAGAAUUCAUAUGUGACUCCUAAUUUUGAUGAUUUAAUCGUUUAAAACUUGACAAAAAACAACAAAAUAUGAGUAUAUAUAUUAUAAAGAAUUUGACACCAAAUCAUAUUUUCUAUAUUUUUUAUUUGAUAAGUUACAAAACGUUGUAACCGAUACGAUACAUCAGUACAAGUUAUUG